AUGAAAAACGUGUAUUUCAUAUAUCUCCUAGUCUUCAUCACAUUUCACAUGGUACAAUGCACUUCGAAGGCGAACAAAAAAUUAGCAGCCGAAGAUGUAGCUGACAUGAAAGAAUUCAAGAAGCUGCUCAGGACCAAAACUAACAUCCUGGCGUGCUUCUACAAUUCCCACAAAGAAUCUCAACACGUCAUCAAACUGUUUAAAGAAGUAAGCGAUAUUAUUAAAGGAGAAGGUACGAUGAUACUCGUGGAUUGCUCGGGGGCCGCGAAGAAAAUGUGCAAGAAACUGAAGAUACCGGACAACGAACCGUUCGCUAUCCGCCACUAUAAAGAUGGAGAUUUCAAUAAAGUGUAUGAUCGAAAGUUAACCGUUAGCUCGAUGACGAAUUUCAUGCGAGAUCCCACAGGGGAUAUUCCUUGGGAAGAGGACUCCACGGCGAAAGAUGUCCUGCAUAUACCCGAUUCAAACACGUUAGUGAAGCUGAUCAAAAAGGAGCCUCGACCGCUCCUCAUCCUGUUCUACGCGCCCUGGUGUAGCUUCUGCAAGUCCCUGAAACCCGACUACGCCGACGCCGCUGCAGAUCUCAAAGGCGACGCCGUCUUGGCCGCCAUCGACGUCAAUCGACCCGAGAACACCGUCGUCAGGAACCAAUACAACAUCACCGGCUUCCCCACGUUGCUCUUCUUCCAAAACGGCGCGAUGAAGUUCACGUACGAAGGCGAAACGAAAAGGGCGUCGUUGGUGUCGUUUAUGCGCGACCCGGCGGAGCCGCCGCGACGCCUCAAAGAACCCGAAUGGUCGGAGACCGACAACGACGUGGUGCACCUGACUUCGACCAGCUUCGAUCCGGUGAUCAAAGAGGAGGCUUCGGCUUUGGUGAUGUUCUACGCGCCGUGGUGCGGCCAUUGUAAGCGCAUGAAGCCCGAAUACGAGGCGGCCGCCGCCCGCAUGAAAUCCGAAGGGGUGCCGGGCAUGUUGGCCGCCGUCGACGCCACCAAAGAGCCGUCGAUAGCGUCGCGGUACUCGGUCAAGGGCUAUCCGACGUUGGUGUAUUUCGCGUCGGGCGAACGCCGGUUCGACGUGAACGCGCGCGACGCCGCCAAGAUCGUCGAGUUUAUGAGAGAGCCGAAGGAGCCGCCGCCGCCGCCGCCGCCCGAUCGUCCUUGGUCCGAGGAGCGAUCGGACGUGGUGCACCUCGACGAGGAGACGUUCAAGCAGUUUUUGAAGAAGAAGAAACACGUGCUCGUCAUGUUUUACGCUCCUUGGUGCGGACAUUGCAAACGGGCCAAGCCGGAGUUUGCGAACGCGGCGGCCGAAUUUAGGGACGAUCCGAAGGUGGAAUUCGCCGCCGUCGAUUGUACCGUACAUCAAUCGGUGUGUUCGGCCAACAACGUUUCGGGUUAUCCGACGAUUAAAUACUUCAGUUACUUCAACAAGAACAUCAGAGAUUAUUCGGGUGGUCGUACGGCGAUCGAUUUCGUGUCUUUCAUGAAAGACCCGGAAGCGCCGGCGCCGGCGCCGCCGAGCCCGUCGUCGGGCAGACCGGCCGAUUGGGUGCUGGACCCGGCGAUCAUCAAAUUGACCGAUAAGAAUUUCAAGGAGCGGCUGCGCACCAACGACAUCGUCCUGGUGAUGUUCUACGCCCCUUGGUGCGGCUACUGCAACAAAAUGAAGCCGGACUAUUUCAGGGCGGCGAAAGAGUUGAGCGCCAUCGGCCACAAACAAUGCAUGGCGAUGGUGGAUUGCUCGGAGAAUCCGGACGUGGCCGACGAGUUCAAGAUCACCGGUUUUCCGACGAUCAAAUUGUUCAAGAACGGCAAGUUCGUGAUGGAUUAUACCGGUAAGAGGACGCACGACGAUUUGAAGAGGUUCGUUUUGGAUUAUAUCAAAUCCACGGAGAAGACCGAAUUGUAA